AGGGAGGGGAGAUGGCUUCUGCGGGUUUAUCAGCGAAUAUUCCGUCAAGAGCGCAACUUCUUUGUCUCUUCCGCUCUCUCCUCCGCACGGCUCGCCAGUUCCCCGAUUACAACAUCAGGGAAUACACCAAGCGCCGAACCAUUGACGCCUUUCGGCACAACCAAAACCUCACCGACCAAGCUUCCAUUGCUUCCGCUUAUUCUGAAGGCAAGACCCAGCUCGAGAUUGCGAAGAGGCAGGCAAUCGUGCAAUCGCUUUACGCCCCUGUGGUCAAGAGCGUCAUGGACUUAAAGCAAUGAUUCACCGCUCUUGUUGCUCUCCAUUUUUGGUUUCAAGGGUUUUUUCCUUCCUAUUCAUGAUUAGGGUUUCUGAGAGGCGGAUUCCUGUAUAAUAAUUGGUUUCUGUAUCUUGGUUUUGCACUCUCGUUCUUGAUUUUGGCUAUAAGGUAUUAUUUUGUUGUUUCAUUCUGUUCUAUGAUUGAGCCUUUACAAUGGAUUUCAUUUUUCUGACUGAUCAAAUUCAAAGCAUUUUUUAGGAUUGGUA